AUGCGUUGCACUUCAUUUGUCGCACUUUGUUUGUUUGCCGGAGGUCACGCGCAACCGGUCCAAACCGUCCAGCCGCUCCAACCGCGCGCCGCUUCAAGUUCCGUUGUUCCCGUCGACAACUGCUCCGCACUGCCAAAUUUCAACAACACGACCAACAUUGCCGGUCCCUGGAAGAUCCGGGUGGAUGGGUGCAGUAAUGGGAGUUCACAGGGCUGCCCCAUGGAGGGAUUCGCUGCGGGUUGCGACGUGACGCGGUCGGCCGAUGAGAAGGGGAUUGAAAAGGGUGCCAUCACCAUUGUCGACACCAGUGACGCGAAUACACUCCUCCGCUGCAAUGCCGUGCUCAACACCUUCGAAGCAUACGUCCCCUCCGGAGCGGGCGCUCCGGAUUGGCAUGCCAUUGGAAUCGCCCAGGAUACCGAUACGGCGCAGAUGGAAUGGGGGUUCGGAGCACACCUCACCAAGCCCGUCCAGGCUUACCGACAGUAUGUGGGCGGCAUGCCGGUUGAUGGGAUCUUCUUGGGUUCAGAAGGUCGGACGACCUGGGCGGUACUCGAUUCCGGGUCAGGAUUGAGCAGUGUCAACCAUCAACCCUUCUGGUUUCUGCGAUUAUUGAAUUCCGAGACGGAGAAGUGGGCGGAUGAGAUGGAGACGCAGAUUCGGAUUGAUGGGAGUUAA